GUUAUCGGAGUCAUUGAUGGGACACAUGUGCAAAUCAAGACCAUAUCACAGGAUGAGCCAGCGUACGUGAACAGAAUGGGUUAUCAUUCGAUCAACACGCAGAUAGUCUUUGAUGGCCGGGACAAUAUCAUAGAUAUUGUUGAAAGAUGGCCUGGUGCUACCCAUGGCAGCAGAAUGCUUAGGGAAAGCGGACUCGAUGCUUUGUUCCUAGGAGGGCAUGUACCUGGUGACCACAGUUACCUACUGGGUGAUAGUGGAUACCCAUGCAAAAGGUGGCUACUAACACCUUAUGUAAAUCCCCAAUCAGGAGCCCAAACUCGCUACAACAGCGCCCUUAAAACAACUCGUUCAAGAGUGGAACGCGGCAUUGGCCAACUGAAAAGGAGGUGGGGAAUCCUGAACGGUGAAAUACAAUUAAAACCAGAAAAUGCGUGCAAGGUUAUCAUUGCAUGUGCUGUUUUGCACAACAUUUGUAAGCGCCGCAACAUUCCAUUGCUUGACAUUUUACCGAAUGCAGCAGGUCAAGGGAUGAACCAGGGCGUAUAUGCAGGGCCCAAGAAGGGUUGCGUUACAGGGAAUUUGUAG